CCAUUUCUGGCAAAUAGAAGAGGCACCAAAACCGGCUGGCUCUUCUCACAGGGAUACCUCUCUGGCGUAGGCGUUAAUAUUUUCUGACAUUUUUGUAAUAUAGAGAGUUUUUUGUUAAGAGGGAUAUGUCGGCAAAACCGGGAUUCUACCGGCAAGAGCUAAACAAGACAGUCUGGGAGGUGCCCGAACGAUACCAGAACCUCACACCGGUUGGAUCGGGGGCAUACGGCUCAGUAUGCUCAGCUUAUGAUGUGCGUCUACGCCAGAAAGUGGCUGUUAAGAAGCUCUCCAGGCCAUUCCAGUCCCUCAUCCACAGUAGAAGAACAUACCGAGAACUGAGACUGCUCAAACACAUGAACCAUGAGAAUGUUAUUGGGCUGCUGGAUGUUUUCACCCCGGCAGCUUCACUAGAAGAAUUCAAUGAGGUCUACCUUGUUACUAACCUGAUGGGAGCGGAUCUCAACAACAUUGUCAAGUUUCAAAGACUCUCAGAUGAACAUAUACAAUUCCUCAUCUAUCAGCUUCUCAGGGGCCUUAAAUACAUCCAUUCAGCCGGACUGAUUCACAGAGACUUAAAGCCAAGCAAUGUAGCAGUGAAUGAAGAUUGUGAACUCAGGAUCCUGGACUUUGGAUUAGCCAGGCAAACAGACGAUGAGAUGACCGGGUAUGUCGCGACUCGCUGGUACAGAGCACCUGAAAUCAUGCUCAACUGGAUGCAUUACAACCAGACAGUGGAUAUUUGGUCUGUUGGAUGCAUCAUGGGUGAACUUCUGAAGGGGAAGGUUUUGUUUCCGGGCAACGAUUAUAUAGAUCAGCUGAAGAGAAUCAUGGAGGUGGUAGGAACUCCCACUGCUGACGUUCUGAAGAAGAUAUCUUCUGAACAUGCUCAGAAAUACAUUCAGUCACUUCCGUAUAUGCCCCAACAGGAUCUGGGGAAGAUAUUCAGGGGGGCAAAUCCAUUAGCGGUUGAUCUUCUGAAGAAAAUGCUAGUGUUGGAUUGUGAUGGAAGGAUCUCGGCCAGUGAAGCUCUGUGUCAUCAGUACUUUUCCCAAUACCACGACCCUGAUGAUGAACCAGAGGCACCUCCAUAUGACCAGACCCCUGAGAGCAAGGAUUGCACAUUAGAGGAGUGGAAGGAGCUGGUGUAUGAGGAAGUAAACAAUUUCAAAAGUCCUCCAAAUAAAAGUGAAAGUCUACAAGUUGAACAAUAAGACUGAGCGUAACUACAGUUCAGAAGAUAUCCCCCUCUUGCCACUAUCUAUCAAACUUUGACAUAUGACGUAUAGGAUUGGUUGACAUCUGAACAGACUGUAACCAGAGAUAAUGACAAAGUAUUUCUGAGGCAUGAUGUGCUUCCUAUAUGAUGUGUUUGUGUGUGUGUGUGUGUGUGUGUGUGUGUUCAUACACACAUUUAAGUGAGGGUAAACUCAUAUUGUUGACUGGUAUUGUUGUAACAUAGACACAACAUUUAAAUAGUACUAUGUGCAUGAUGUGUGUGUGCAGGUAUGUAUCUUUCAUAUGAGACCAAAAAAACUAGACAGGAGGUGGCAAAGGCCACGCUGGAGAAAAAUAUGUUUACAGUGUUGAAAUGGGUGGAAUGUAGGUGUGGCUUGCAUAUACGCAUCAAUGUACAAAGUCUCUGCAUACAAUUUAACCUGUUAAAUUUGUCUUUACUCAUUUUACAGUAAUCUGCAAGGCUAUUAUCUGAAUAUUACAUACCUCAAAUAUAACAAUAUAAUGUGUUCGAUUUGCACUGAAUCACACGUCAGGUGAAUAUGAAGUGUUUAGCAGUUGUUCAUUUAAAAAAGAUGAGCUCAAAAUUGUCCCCAAGCAUACAACACAAUCAAACACCAAACCCUUUCCUCCCUCUACAGGUAACACAAGUCUUUUCAUAAUGAUUGCCUGAAAUGGAAGUAGUAUACAGUGGGUUUACAGUGCACUGCAGCUGGGCCGAUUAGUUGUACAUAUGCUGGAUCCUUCAAAGCUAAACCAUGUUAACAACAUGGACAAACUGUAUUUCUGUUCUCAGGUUAUUUAAAGGACCAAUAUGCAGUUUUAGAUUAUUUUUUGUAAGACACGUUUCCACAUACAUUGUUCAGUCAGUUCAGAAAUCUAGAUCUGCUUGGGUGAAUCUCACGAAACCUGUCUAGGAUAUCUUCACGUAAUAUUUCACCCCAAAAUAUAAUUAAAUAAAUAAAUAAAUUAUUUUGAUUAAGAAAAAGGAAGCCUAAUUUUAGAACCAUUAGGAUUUUUGGCAUUGUGGUAUUACUUUCAUGACAAUUAAGCACAUGUUCUGAAAGUUUGUUUUACUGUGUUUUACACAAUACUUGAAAAGGAUUUGGAAAAUAGCAGUAGAUGUUAAGCAAAUGAAUGUGUUCAUAUAGGAAACUACAAUUCAGGAAGUGGUAAAGUAAGUUUGCAUCACAUCAAUUUAUCAUUUAUUUUAGACAUUUUGAAGUCAAAGCGACUUUGAUGUCAUGAAACUGCACGUUUACACAUGUAAAUUACAGAAACCCUUAUCGAAUGUGCUGACUUCAUUACAAUACUUUCUUAGGAACUAAAAAAAAAAAGUCCACCACAAAUAUUACUAUGAUGGUAUAAAAUACAAACCAAGUGUUACUUCUCUAAAGUUGUUCAAAUGUCAAAUACUAAUAGGGUGGAAAUUCUGGAUAUGUGGCCUUAGCCCUUUGCCCUCUGUAUUAUGCUGUGUAUCCCUCCUCCUGGACUCCUGCAUGUAUUUUUAACAAAGAUAAAAACUGCCUUCAGCUGUUUCAGUGGGACUGGAUGGAUCUCUCUUCCUUUUGUCUGUGAUUCGGCCAGUCCCACCAGCAUGUAGCCUCUUCCCCCCUCACCCUCUAAUUUCUUAACACAACUAAAACUCAUUUUCUUCAAACA